UAGAAAACAAAACAAUCUCGGAUUGGCUUGAGCAUAGUUCUUACUGUUUCUGAGUGAAAGGGAAGGUGGGUAAUGCAAAACGCGGUAAAUGGAGAGAUCGGAUAGCAUGGAGGCGGUGCUGGCAGCGGCUGCGAGGGGGAAGAGAGUUCUUGAUUCAAGCUCUGGUCAUGAUGAAGGGCAGCCUGAUAGAAAAAGACCUGCUUUAGCUAGUGUGAUUGUUGAAGCUCUAAAAGUGGAUAGUUUGCAGAGACUUUGCUCGUCGUUGGAGCCUAUCCUUCGCAGAGUGGUUAGUGAAGAAGUGGAGCGUGCUUUAGCGAAACUGGGACCUGCCAAGCUUAAUGGACGGUCUUCUCCUAAACAAAUAGAAGGGCCUGAUGGAAGGAACUUGCAGUUGCACUUCAGGUCCAGAGUGUCCCUCCCUAUCUUUACGGGUGGUAAAGUAGAAGGGGAGCAGGGUGCUGCUAUCCAUAUUGUGUUGAUUGAUGCAAACACGGGCUGUGCUGUCACAUCUGGUCCGGAAUCCUCGGUAAAACUAGACCUUAUUGUGCUUGAAGGUGAUUUCAAUGAUGAAGGUGAUGAUAAUUGGACACAAGAGAAAUUUGAGUCUCAUGUGGUUAAAGAACGUGAGGGCAAGAGACCACUUCUAACUGGGGAUCUGCAAGUGACACUGAAAGAAGGUGUUGGAACUCUAGGCGAGCUUACUUUUACUGAUAACUCUAGCUGGACAAGGAGCAGGAAGUUCAGGCUAGGGCUGAAGGUUGCCUCUGGCUAUUGUGAAGGCAUUCGCAUUCGUGAAGCAAAAACCGACGCCAUCACUGUUAAGGAUCACCGGGGAGAAUUAUACAAGAAGCAUUAUCCACCUACAUUACAUGAUGAGGUUUGGAGAUUGGAAAAGAUUGGAAAAGAUGGAUCAUUUCACAAGAGGCUGAAUAAAGCUGGAAUACAUACAGUUGAAGACUUCCUACGCUUAAUAGUCAGAGAUGCACAGGGGUUGCGGACUACUCUUGGGAGUGGCAUGUCAAAUAAAAUGUGGGAUAGUCUUGUUGAGCAUGCAAAGACAUGUGUUCUGAGCGGGAAACUUUAUAUCUACUAUCCUGAUGAUGCAAAGAAUGUUGGUGUUGUUUUUAACAAUAUCUAUGAAUUAAGUGGCUUAAUUUCUAAUGGGCAGUUCUACUCAGCUGAUUCUCUACCUGACAAUCAGAAGAUCUAUGUGGACAGCUUGGUGAAGAAGGCAUAUGAUAAUUGGAUACAUGUUAUAGAGUAUGAUGGCAAUUCCCUUCUAGACUUCAAGCAGCAUCAGGGUGUAGCUGCUUCUCAAAAUGAUGUUCCAUCUGGUCACCAAGACUUUUUGAACCCAUAUGAUCAUCAGGAUAGUUUACCGACCAUUUCAGUUCCAGUUCCUUCUGAGCAGCCUGUUGUGCACUCAAGCCCAGCUAUUGGAGGCUAUACUGAUGGUACGGUUGCUAGAUUCUCAAUAGAUCCACAGAAUGGAAGUCUCAACACCCCCUUUCAAUUCGAUGCCAUACAGAAUCCUCUGGGAACUAACAAUUUACUUGCUCUUGGCCCGCCACAAUCUUCUACCCCAGGCUCUCAGGGUUUUUGCGCAUCGAAUCUUAAUUUACACAGAGGAAAGGAGGACUUCUUCUCAGAGGAGGAGAUUCGUACGAGAAGUCAUGACAUGCUUGAAAAUGAAGACAUGCAACAACUUCUUCGCAUAUUUAAUAUGGGAGGCCAGGGUCUCUCCUCCAAUAGUGUCGCCGAAGAUGGGUAUCCUUACUCAUCAUACAUGCCAUCCCCAUCCCCAUCCCCAUCCCCAAAUUACAGCCUCAGUGAUAAUCCAUCUCGUUCAUCAGGCAAAGCUGUUGUCGGAUGGCUCAAGCUCAAGGCAGCCCUAAGAUGGGGCAUAUUUGUGAGGAAGAAGGCUGCUGAGAGGAGGGCACAGCUCGUCGAGUUAGAUGAUUCAUAGAUAGCCUCUGAGGAAGAAGGCUGCUAAGUUCCUUGCUAACUGGAGUAGGCACUGUCAUUUUGGACUCGUUUACUGGCUAGGAUCUUUUCGUUCAAGGUGCGAGAAUCUUUCCAUUUGUACAGAAAGCUACUGGGUUUUAUCUCUUUUAAUGUUUAGUGUGUGUUGCUUGUAUAGGUCAACAAAAACAAACAGCGUGCAUUUGUUAUACCUUUGUAACAUUAAAAUUUAACUUUCAGUUGCUAGUGAUGGAAUCUUGCCAGAUCAAAACCCCAAUUUAGGCUGAAA